CUCCCCACUCCCUGGGGCCUCAAGUCUCUUUGAGGGUUAGGUGCAUCUUCCCGCACUGAUGCCAGACCGACAGACCUGGCAGUCCUCUGCUGUAUUUUGCUGUGUAUGUGUUGGGGACCUCGGCCAGCUGGUAUAUGCAACGUCCACUUUUAAAUCACUGCCUGCAUUUAAAUGCAUAUUAUUUUGUUUAAAAAUCAUUUUCUAAGUUGAAUACAGUUCUGUAAUUCUACUCUUCAACAAUGGUGUAGUAAGUAACUCCUUCACUGUAUGUCCUACCACACUCUGUUUGAAUGAGGAUUCUAAAAGAUUGUGUUGACCGACCUCAGGUUCCUAACUCGAGUUAGUAAGCAUAACGUUUUCUCGACUUCAACUUCUCUGUACUGUGUUAGACCAGGAGGCCACAUUGUCAGUCUCUGCCAUCCAAGAGGAUGUGUGAUUGAAGGUUAUCCUUUUCCUUAGCAGUUCUUCAUAACUUCAAUCAUUUGCAUGUCCCUGUGAUUUCAUUGCCAACACAUUAGCUUGGACUUAUUCUUCUGAAUAUUUUAACUAAAGAUUUGUGUCUCUGUCAGUCAUCAUAUGACAUGUAACAGGCUGGACAACCCAGAGUCAGCACUCUGGGCACCUAUUAAAAUGCCUCAGUGUGCAUCUCCUUGCCAUGCUCACUGACACCCUGACAAGCCCUGAGUUCAGCAGCUCUGCUCUAAGCAGAGCAAUACUUCUGAAGGCUACACCUCCCCUUUCCAACCAGCUUCCAUGUCAGAAAGCACAGCUUGUGACUUUAAGCUGGGACAGUAUGGCUGCAGAGCCCCCAGAAACACCUAGGAUUAUUUUCCCCCUGAAGUCUGUUAAUAUUUGGGACAAGUGCUGAGAACAAUCAUUGUGUGAGCUCUCAGUCUUGUUGAUACUGGCAACCAGGAAAAACUGUUUUGGACAAAGGCCUCCUUUUUAUCACCUCCAAACUUACACAGUGUAAUAAUUCAUAAUUUCAGGCUAAAACUAUCUUGGUAAGUCAAAAUUGUAAUGAGACCUCACACAAUUCAUUUCCUCAAUACAAAACAUUUCUUAAUAUCAAAGUAUUAGAAAAACAUCCAUCAGAUUUCUUACUGACUACCCUGGGAUGUAAUUGGAAUGACCUAAGUUUGUCUUACAGCUGAAAGGACCAGUAAAUGCAGGCGCCUAAGACAUUAAGGUCUUCCCUCGAGGCUGCUUAGUUCACUGAAAGAGAAUUCCACCUCAUACCUGGCAGGCACACGUUUACCUUGUCGUGCACACUGUGUGAGGUUAAAUUGAUACGCACUCUCCCUAGUGUCAGAUGCCUUCAACUUACUAGAACAAAAGCAAGAACAACUGUUAGUGCUUCCUCAUGUCUUGCCUUCCCUUCGGCAUUUUCAACACUUUAUUCUUUAUUUUUUCUUUAUUAUUUUUCUUCUCUUUUCUCUCUUUUUUUGUAACGUUUAGUGUCUUGGUUAUUUCGUGCUGUUACCUAUUUCCGUUUUUAUGUCUACACUACCAUAGUAUGUGCACAUGAUUGCACUUUAGGUGAAAUUGGUUGUUGUGGCAGAAUACAUUUGGCUCUAGGGUAUGCCAUGUGAUUCAAGGAAAGGGGUGGUUGGAAAUUGAUCAGCGAGUCACAGAGAAUUGUCCUAUAAAUAUCAGAAAGUUUGAAUCUUGUUCCAAAACCUUUAAAUUUCCCAAACGUGCAUUUCGUUGUUAAGGUAACUUUAUUUAUUUAUAGUAUAUUGAAAUAGAGUCAGAAACAUCACAGAGACAAUUUAGCUAUUAUUAAACAUCUUAGAAGUAGAUUAAUUUCAUUUAAUAAUUAUUUUAAAAACAAAAGUCUUAGUUCCAGAGAAAAAUGUUUUAAAAAAUUCUUAUAGUUUGUGUAUCACCCACCCAUACAUAUAGUUUUCUUUUCUGUCUUUCUGUUCUCUUUUUCUUCUUUGUUUCUUCACCCAUCCUUUUCUUCCUCCUCUCCCCUCCUCCCUUUUUGAGACAGUUUUCAUUAUGUACCUCAGGCUGGCUUGGAAUUCACCCUGUAGCUCAACCUGACCUCAAACUCUGGGAAGACCUCUUACCUUAGUCCCCUAUGUCUUAGGGCCCAUACAGUGUGAAAUAUUAUCUCUGACCGUCUCUGUCUGUAGGGCCAAACACUGUUACUUGUCAAAGUUAGAUUUUGAGAAUUCAAUGUUGAUCCCAAUCCUUUGCAAUAUUACUUUAAACCGAGCAGUUUCAUGAAAUUAAAUGUAUACAGAUUGAUGUCCAUUCUCCUUAUCCACUCUCUUACCGGGCUAAUUAUAAGCAUGCUGAUUAUCACUUCUGCCUGUGUUCUAAUAUGAUCAGUUUACAAGCAUGUUUACAAAUUUUAGUUGCAACUUUUGAAUAUUAUCUCUUAUAUGGAUUGAAAAUAAAAUAGACAAAACUAUGAACUGUAGGCACAAUUUUAAUUAAUAUAUACUUCAUACCUAAGUGUAACUAAGCCUGUGGCAUGCUAGGUAGGAAAAAUAACCAAGACAAGAAAUCAGCUUUAUAUUAUUUUAUAUUCUUAGCCACCAAAGAAUAUGGAUAUUUAUAAUGGUGGCCAAUCCUUCUAUCUUAUGUUGCUUGGAUCUUGUCCUUUAAAAUUAAAUAUUCCCUAAGGACUUGGUAUAUGGUUGCCUAAACAUAUCUGGUUUUUAUUAAUAUGAAUAACAUUUAUACAUCUAUUAAACAUUUAAUAAUAUCUGUUGUGUUUUAGGAUCUGGGGUUUAGGGGAAAUUGAUAAUAUACUUUGCUGUCAGGGAGAUGGUAAUUUUAGACAGAAAAACCUAAAGUCAUUCCAAACAUAUUAUGGGAUGGAAUUACGGUGGUUUCUGUUGUUGUUGCUCAUAGUUGGUCCAGCUUUAUAGAGAAGAUGGUAUUUGAAUAGCGAUAUAAACAAGAAUGUAUUUGCUGGGUUGCAGGGCUGUGGGGUGUUCAGACAGAUGGAAUGAUAGUGUGUAGUAUGUUAGUGGGGUUCCAGUAGUCUGUUUUGGGCAGAAUCUGUGAGAGCUCUUCUCUGUAAAGAUAUAGGGUGUGGAAUCAGAAGCUAAAGAGUGGUGUGUGUUAGUUCAUACAUGGGAAAAUCCCAAGGUAGCACUGAGGUUAAAAUGUUUUAGCAUUUGUUUUGUACAGGUAGUUUGUCAGUUUUUGUUAAGCAGUAAAGUGACGAGUGUAUUGACAUGGAUUCAGAAGUGAAUGAUACAGAAGACACAGAAAAGCAACAUGUGUAGAUGUACUUGGAGCCUUUGGUUGGAGAAGACCUACGGGAAGCAGGAUCAAGCACAGAUACACAGCCAGGCAAGAGUUUAGUCCUCCUCACAGUGGCCUCUUCAACACUUGUGAGGACUGAGAACCAACUGCUGUUUUUAAUAGAGAAUGGGUACCUUUAGGUCUAGAAAAGGAAAGGGUUCUAAAAGUGGAAACUUGAAGAAGUUUCAUGCUGGGGAGAACUGCAACAUAAGAUACAGACAGAUAAACAGGAAGUCCAGGGAGAACUCUUACCCAAGGGUGACAUUUGAACAAAGAAACAGAUGUGAUACAUGAGACUACCAACCAAUGAGAGUAAGGGAAACGUGGAGGAGAAGAGAAAUGAAGUGGAGAAGACUUGGGGGUUGCUGUGUAAGAGUGGGAACGGUUCAGUGCUUGCCCAGAGACUGCUAGGCAGAGGAGGGUCUGCAUGACCCUGGGAUUUGAUAUGUAGUAUGUAUUUGAUUCCAAUCACAUGUGUUUACAUGGAUAUAGGGAUGUACGUGUGUAUGUUACUUUUGCGUCCUCAGAUAAUCUGAGCCCUGCUGUAGUAAACAAAAGUUGCUUUUGGGACGCCAACUCCCUAUCUCUUUUUUUUUAAAUCAUAUUCUCAGGUUGCUGAGAUGACAGAUGUUGUUUCUGCCCCUGGAAACGUGGUUUAGUGACUUCAGUAAGGAGAUAAACGUGCAGGACAGGGACUGCUGUGUAGAGUCAAUGCAGAGAUGGUGGUAUUAAUGUGUAAGUGAACGAGAUGACUGUGUCACCUUCUCUGUCUCUCUGGGUGGUGCAUGGUGACUGAUGAAAGCAGUAGGGACUGAAGAGGUGGUGACCACAUGUGCUCUGUGUUCACAUCCUGGGGGCCCAAAACCUUGUGAGUGCCUAGUAAAGGCGGGUUAGUGGAUAGAGUAUAGAGCUGGACAGAACUGGACAGAACUGGUCUUACUUUGACAGAGGACAUGAGGACUUUUGAAAACAACCUUAUUUUGAACACUGUGGUUAGGUACUUCUGGAGUCCGUAUCACAAAUUGUAGUUUGCCCUAUAGUGUUUUCUAAAUAUAAGUACUUUUGCUAAGUAGCUUAUUUCUUUUCUAAACAGUAUUAGUAUUAUAUUAUUAUAUUAGUAUUAUAUUAUUAGUAUUAUAAAUACUAAUAUUAAUCUUAAAGGUUGAAUUCUACUAGAUAUUCAUGCUUUUAGCAUAGGUGUCUUCAUAUCCUGUAUUCUAAUUUCCAGAAUUAUAAAGCUACCAUUUACAAUCAGCUCCUUUAAAAAAGGAGACUAAUCGCUAUGUGUCGGUGGUGGUUUGAAAUGCUCAAGUUAGAAAGCCUUACUUCACUGACAGCAUUCAAAAUGAAAACAAACCAAAAACAUACAUGCUUUUAUUUUCGCAACCAGUUAGUUUUUCUGAGAUUUUCUUUUUGUCUUGAUUGCAAGAGAAAGUGAGCUUUUAAGUGAAACUGCCGUGUUCUACAAAGUGGUCUCCUGAGUUAAGAGACGGUAACUGCCUCAGCCCCUACUCUCCAGUAUGUGGGGCUGAGCCCCUGAAGUGCAUCAGACUGCCCAAAUCACAUUGCCCACUUAAUAAUUAAUGUUCCUGCAAUGGGAUCGCUUUCUCCCUGGAGAUUGGCUUUCAGAUUUACCAGACAUCUGACAACACUGCACUCCUUAUUCUCGACACAAGACCUCAGCUUCUGCUUUAAAAACGUCUGAAUAAAGGAUGCUUUUGUUCAUACCUCGACUGCCUGUGAUGUAGUGAUAAAGUGUCUGAUGGCUGAAUGGAAUAGUUUUACAGUAUGAGUGCUGCUUUCAGCAGAGGGGCAGGACUUGGGCUUUAGGAGGAAGUGAAUUGGAUAGGUCAGGAGAAUGUACCAUUUGUAAACACCCCUUUCCUUUUUUAUUCACGUGUCAGGACAGCACGGCAGGCUGCUGAGUGUCCACCCCUGCACAGAACCAGAGGGAAAGCAGUUGGACUUCAGCUGUAGUUUUUAAACAUUGCUUUUGAUUACCCGGCCGUGAUUGUCAAGUCCUUGUACUUGCAUUAGAAGCUGUUUGGAAACUAACAUGGUUUAGUCCACUAACUGCAUGUUGGGUAAAUUCAAAACCCACAUGCUCGUCCUCUUGCAGUGGAAUAAGUCACAUCUGAUGGACAUUUUCUGUGCUUAUAGCAUAGUAAUGAACAUCUGACAGGCGCGACCUUUCAUAAGACAACCCACACUAUUGGCUUUCUGCCCAGAAUAUUGCUGCAACACUAUCUGUGAUUGGUUAUCUCUCUAUCAUGCAUUGCUUCACAAGGGGAAACGGCCCCCUUUUUAAUAAAUCUACGAUGGCUGGCUGCAAUAUGCCUCACUGUUGGUACUAAGAAGUGCCUUUCCUGACGUCUCUGCUGCUUGGAACCGCUUCUAGAGCAGCCUCUGCUUUUGCCUUGCUUGCUGCCAGCUAGACUGUGACGACAGCACAUCCGCCCUCCACCUCUAGCCCAGACACCCCCAUUUCUACUUCUAAUCAGGAGAAAAGCUCUGAGUAUCUGCCAUUGCCCUAGGCUGCUUUAGUUUAGAAGAAAAGUUUGCUGAAAAAGUAAGAUACCUUCUGCCAGGAAAUCAAGGAGGAAAAAAAAAUCAUUUUCUCGAUUUUGCUCUAAACUGCUGCAUCUGUCUAUGCCAAACUAAUCAAUACCGAUUGCACCACCAAACUCCAUCGCAAAUCAGCUGUGAGGAGAUCCCCUGUCAGACAACUUUGCUGAGAGCAGCUUGGAAAUUCGGUGUCAAAGGGUCUGCCACGUUUUCAUGCUUGCAUUUUGGGCUCCAAAUUGGCACUGGGAAGGGGUUACGAGCACAAGGCUGAUUCCAGGCCCUCCUUUAAACACCCAUCUACUUACAACCGUGGUAUUUCUCUAAAAACCAAAACCUCUUUGAAUUAACAGUUUCAUGCUGUGAAUUUCUAGCGGAGGUCUUUCCCUUGAUAUUGAAGUCACACUUUUCCAUGUGCCGUUAAAGCGGGGACUGGGGAAGCAGCCUUUCGGACAUUUUCACAGUCAUCUCACACUUCUGAGUUUUAUCAGUUCCUAUUUUGUUUAGUUUUUGUCUUUUGUUUUGGGUUGCUGAUUUUUUUCUUUUCUUUUCUUUUUUCCUUUUUUUUUUUUUUUUUGAGAGGGAUUGGGUUUGUUGGUUUCAUUGAACAUUUAACUACCUGUAAAAUAUAAACAUGGCUGUUAGUGUCACACCAAUUCGGGACACAAAAUGGCUAACACUGGAAGUAUGUAGAGAGUUUCAAAGGGGGACUUGCUCACGACCAGACACGGAAUGUAAAUUUGCACAUCCUUCGAAAAGCUGCCAAGUUGAAAAUGGACGAGUAAUCGCCUGCUUUGAUUCACUGAAAGGUCGUUGCUCCAGAGAAAACUGCAAAUAUCUUCAUCCACCCCCUCAUUUAAAAACACAAUUGGAGAUAAAUGGGCGGAAUAACUUGAUUCAGCAGAAGAACAUGGCCAUGCUGGCCCAGCAAAUGCAGUUAGCCAACGCCAUGAUGCCCGGUGCCCCACUGCAGCCCGUGAACUUAAUGCAACAAUCAUUCCAAAAAAGAGGGGGGGAUUGCAUUUCGAGGUGGGAGGGAUCCCCAUAUUACACCGGCAGUGAUACCAAUUAUCAAUACUGUACAGUCGAGCCAAUGUUUUCAGUUGCACCAAGCUUAGCCACCAAUGCAUCAGCAGCCUUUAAUCCCUACCUGGGGCCUGUUUCCCCAAGCCUGGUUCCAGCAGAGAUCUUGCCGACUGCACCAAUGUUGGUCACGGGGAAUCCUGGAGUUCCGGUGCCAGCAGCUGCUGCAGCUGCUGCACAGAAGUUAAUGCGGACAGACAGACUGGAGGUGUGCCGAGAGUACCAGCGUGGCAAUUGCAACCGAGGAGAAAAUGACUGUCGAUUUGCUCAUCCUGCUGACAGCACAAUGAUUGAUACCAAUGACAACACAGUCACUGUCUGCAUGGAUUACAUCAAGGGGAGAUGCUCUCGGGAAAAGUGCAAAUACUUCCAUCCCCCCGCACACCUGCAAGCCAAGAUCAAGGCUGCUCAAUACCAGGUCAACCAGGCUGCAGCAGCGCAGGCUGCAGCUACUGCAGCUGCCAUGACUCAGUCGGCUGUCAAAUCACUGAAGCGACCCCUCGAGGCAACCUUUGACCUGGGAAUUCCUCAAGCUGUACUUCCCCCAUUGCCAAAGAGGCCUGCUCUUGAAAAAACCAACGGUGCCACCGCAGUCUUUAACACGGGUAUUUUCCAAUACCAACAGGCUCUAGCCAACAUGCAGUUACAGCAGCAUACAGCGUUCCUCCCACCAGGCUCAAUAUUGUGCAUGACACCCGCUACAAGUGUUGUUCCCAUGGUGCACGGUGCUACGCCAGCCACUGUGUCCGCAGCAACAACAUCUGCCACAAGUGUUCCCUUCGCUGCAACAGCCACAGCCAACCAGAUACCCAUAAUAUCUGCCGAACAUCUGACUAGCCACAAGUAUGUUACCCAGAUGUAGAGCUGUCGUCACAAAACAAUCAUACAAAGAGGAAAGGACAGUGUGCUUGAUUAGAGUAAGGACGACGUCAUUAGCCAUAUUGUAUAUACCGUCAAGCAACACACACAAAAAUCCCUCAGCCACAAGACAUCCACAUAUUGCAUGUUAACCAGAAGAAAAGACAACAUGGGAACCUGCUGCACACUGUUGCCUACACACUUUGUACAUCCAAUUGGUAUUUGUGCUGAGGUGAUAUUCCUAUCUAAAACAACAACAUUGUCUUUCUUUUGUAGCACAGAGUUAUGCAUUAAAAUAUGCAUACAUAAUUAGUUUCCUAUAUAUUCAUGCCAUCUUGAAAAGACAGACUGUGGUGUAACCAUGAUUCUAUUAUGUAUUGGUACGUCUGUAGACCAAGAUAUAAUUUUUUAAAAAUAAGUUUAUUUCUUUCAAGGUUUACAAGUAACAAAGGUGCACCUUGUAUUUAAAAUCGCCAUUAGAGCUGAGAGCGCGCAUGCACAGUCAUUUUUGUUUAAGAGUAAUAUUUUUACUGUAAUAGAUUGUAAGACAUGGUGAGGGAGGGAUCUGACAGAGAUGAAUGUGCCAAGCAAAACCACAACUGUGUAUAUUUUAAAGCACAUCAUGGCUUUAAGUACCAUGUUGUUAAGGAUUCUCAUGAAGUGCCAUAGACUGUACAUCAGAUUAGAGUAUUAUUUCUUCAGUGUUAUUGUUUUCGGAGCCACAUUCUGUUGCUUAUUUGCUAGAACUAAUCAAUCAAAGGGCACCAUUCUUUUCUUUUUUUUUUUGUUUUUGAAACCAAAGCUGUCUCAGAAAUGGCCAAUUUAACUCUACAGUAACAAUAGACAGCACAACACAAACUCAAUACAGAUAACCUUUCACAUACUGGAGAUAUAUAUAAUAGAUAUAUGAAAUUAUUUUAAUGCAUUGUAGUGUAAUAUUUAUGCAUACUCUACUAUAUAACAUGUUAUUCAAAAGGGAUAUGCCAUUUCUGAGACACAAUAACAAAAAAUGUUUGAGGAAAUUAUUUUGCUUCUAUUUAUAGCCUCUGUCAAAAGUCAAAAGACUAUAAAUGCUUUGCAGAAAUGGGUUCACGUUUGCGUAAAUGCUUCAUCACAGUCACAUUCAAAAUAGUGACUCUAAACCAAGAGAACAGCACUGUCAUCAGAUGCAUGAUAAACCAAAAUAUGAAAAUGGGAAAUGUUUAAUUAACCUAGUAAUUGGGUGGGUUAAGUACAUGGGUGAAUUUUAUAUGUGAUUCUUUUGUUCAGAUUAACUGCUUAUAGCCUUAGAAAGCCUUUUAAAAAUUUUAAAAUAGAUGUGCAUUCAGUUUUUAAGAAUGGAUUCAUCCAAAGGAAUUCCCCUUUUUGUGGUUUGGAUGUUACAGCUAGUAAAGGAUAUUUUUGCUCUGCUCAGCAGUUCUAGAAAUCGCUGAGUAGGGGCCAGGUCACUGGCAGUGCUAGUGUGGGAUGGGAGAGGUGAGAGUUCUGUUAUAGAACUUUCCAUACUCCCAAGUUUACUGCAAGUUUUUACGCUUGAGAGAGACGCUUUCUAAUAUAAGACUGAUGUGUUGAUUUUACUGAUUGUACUGUACAUCUAUUAAAGCCUUAGAUUAUUACAUUACGGGUUGGAACCCAUACCAAUGUAAUUUCAAUCGUGUUAAGAGAGUAAUGGUGACUUCACAUGUUAUUGUAGUUAGUUACAUUAUAGAAUAUUACUUAUUUUUCUUGUUAAAAUGUAGUUUUUCAUUUCCUACAUUUCUUAGAUUUUCAUUUUCUAUUAACAGUUGAAUACCAUUUCAGUUUUUAGAUUAUUGUUUUAUUAGAUUUUACCAAUGAAUUUUUCAAAAUACAAAAAAAUUAAAGUAGUUUUUCUUCAUAACAUAAUCAGUUUUAAAUUACAUGUAGUGUCAUAUGAAUAUCCAUAUUAUUGUCAACUAAAUGAUUUAUAUUUUACUGAUUUAAUAUUACAGUGUAAGAAUGUCAGUCAUUGUUCUUGUCUAGUUUUCAUUAAAAGAACAAAGAUCUUUUAUAUGGAUAUCUUAUAAAUAUAUAAUCAUUGCUAAGUAAGAAGUUAAGUUGUUGCUAUGGCAACAAUCCUGGCAGACAAUUGAGUAAUAUUUUGAUGAUUUAUUUUGUUUGUAAUUAGUUAUUAUGAGAAGAUCUAGAUCCUAGAUAUUAGAAUAAAAUUUAUUUUCUACUGUAUCCAUUUCAAAUGUUAAAGUAUUGUUUAAUAUUUUUGAAAUCCCUGAAUAUCAGGCCUUGUUAUAAAUAAGCUGCAUAAUCAAUAAAUAGAACAAGGGACGUUUUGUUGAUAAUCCAAAUACUCAAAGUUUACGUGAGGAGAAUUUUAGCGUGUGUGCAAACUCUUGAGGGUUGAUGAUGCUGCAAUUUAGCAUGUUGGGAAGUCUAGAGAGAAGGUUGACUUUUUGCACUUCUGUAUAUAGUCAAAAGAGAGAAACCUGUAUAAUAGCAAGAUCUUAUUUUGAAUAAAAACGUCUAUAAUUACCAGGAGUUUUGUUAAGGCUAAUGAAAUGACAGACUGAGCAAAAUUGCUUGCAAAAGUGGCACAGAGUUAGCACUCCAUACCCUUCAAACACGUUGCUUUGCUUUUGUGGACAGCUUGUAGUUUGCCAGGAUUUUCCAGCUGGAAAGAUUUGCCAUCCUUCCGAGAUCUCAUGACUGACAAAACUCCAUUGGGCCAAAUCUGCCUGAAGAUCAUUACCAAAAAAUAGCAGGUACUUCAGUCACUAAGAUGAAAUCGUGGAUCAGAUAUUCCUUACAUUGUUUUCAAAUCUACUGCAUGUUUAAAACUUCAACAAAAAGAGAGAAAGAACUAUGCUAAGGACAUAUAUUAUUCAGAUCGAUAUCUACCAAUUUCAAUGGUUUAAUGUUCACAAAAUGAAAUCUUCAAAACAACUAUUGACUUUCACAAAAUGUAAACCAUAAGCAGGCAGACCAGACAGCACACCUGUAGUCCUUCUGUGGUUGUUUUAACCGCUUUAGAGCUUGUUCUUUCCGCAGGUGAAAACAAACUCCAAAUUUCACAGUUUUAAUUUCCAACUCAGAGCACUCAAAAGAGCAAAAUGUGACAAUGGCCACUUGUUUAAUGACCUGGUUGCCCAGCUGCCCCUCCAGCUGGCUACUGAUGUUGCACUUACCAGCAACCCACACUUUCAUCUGCUGAAAGGACAAUGUGCUCGGCUUUACUAUUAUGUAAUCACAACUUACUUUGCUUGUAGUUGCUUACAAUUAUGUAUUCUGUCUAGGGCUGCGAUUUGUUUUAUGCUUACUUUAUUAUUACUGCAGUAGUUGACUUUGCUGUAUGGAAAAAUAAAGUGAAAUUGCCCUAAUAAAACUUCUCUUUCUUAAGUA